UAAAAAGGAAUCAAUGAUACGAUUUUAAAAAAAAAUAUAUAUAUAUUUGAAAUGAAUUUUACUCGUCUCGUUAACAUUCUUGUUUAUCCUGACUAUUAAUGGAGUGUCAUCGUGAAGGAUUGACGUGACGAAUAGUCACCGACUUCUUAUUGUCGUGUACGCGUUAAUGCAGAGGAAUUUUAAGAAUUCGACGAAUUAAAAUGGAAAGAAAAAAUUUUGGCAUAUCUCAAAUUUUCGUGUGUUGUUCGAACAUCAUUUUUCUGAUAUCGGGUUUCACGUUGAUGUCAUUAGGAGCAUUUUUAUUAGCUGAUGAUGAACGUAUUUUAUUGUCGCGUUUAUUGGGACCAGGUGAUAUACAUCCCGAUCAACCACUUUUUUAUUACUUAGCAUUUGCACUCGUUGGACUCGGAUUUCUGAUCACGUUAACUGGUCUACUUGGAUGUUGGGCAAUUUGUCUUUAUAAUCGAUGCAUCACAAUUUCAUAUUUCAUCACGAUAAUCCUCCUAUUACUCGGCGAAUGCACCGUAUGCGUUCUCGUGGUGUUCUGGCCUCACGUUUUAGGCAUCGAUGUCAGACCGGCACGAUUGAUACGAGCUUUGCAGCGAAGCUACGCCGUACCCGGUCGAGAGCAAUUCACGGCAGCCCUUGAUCUCGCACAAACAACGUUUGCUUGUUGCGGCAUAAACGGAAGCAGCAAUUACGGCACCUCAUGGUGGCGGCUGCAGGAAGUCGGCCGAAGAGAAUUAGUGGUGCCUCUCAGUUGCUGCACCCUGAAUAAUGUAAACCAGACCGAUUCCUUCCUCAAUCCCGAACCUGCCAAUCUUACUCUCUGCCAGGCUUUGAAUCCCGCCGAACAUCAAUAUGCCCGGCACACUACGGGUUGUUUGGAGAUGUUGGAGAAAUGGACUCAAGACCAAGCGUUGAUAUUGCUCGUGAUUGGACUUACUAUUAUUUUCGUGGAGGUAAGCGCACUUCUAAGCACAUUCUUCGCCUGUUCAAAAGGGACUAAGAGAACUAAGUCACAAGCAUCAACGUUUACGUCGACGCAAACGCUCAGCCCAUUCAACGAGAGCGAUCACGAUUUUGGAUUAGAUAUCGAGAACAGAAACGCGACUGGAACAACGUUUGGCGCUAAAUCAUGAAGAUGGCUAGAGGGCAGUGAGGGUAAAUCGUCGAUCGAUAUCAAAAAUACGAAAACUGUGUCGAACUUGUCCAGGUUAGGGGAUGUAAGAAGAUUUAGUAAGAGUAUAAUCGAAGAAUGGAAAAAUUCUCCAGAAUUUGAGGACGACGAAGUGUUGCGAAGUGAUCAAUUGUACGAAGAGCGUGCAAUAGAUGUCGUGCCAGAUUGUCCCAAUAAAACUUGGUCAAUAGAGAAAAAUAAUCUCGAUAAAAGUCGCGAUGAUAAAAGUAACGCGAUGAUUAAGUCAAAAUUGCAUAGCAGCGCCGCCACUGUUAGAAGUAUUCCAAUAAAGAAUUACCAGGCCUCGAUAGCCCAUAACAUUGGAACGUUAAAACGGUCAGAGAUACCUCAACUCCAAUUUGAAUCCUCGAUGUCCGAACCCGAUAAGAGUCUCCGUUUAACUAAAUACAAAACCAUAUCUUCUCCCCAAAACGAAGUUAAAUCUCAAAUUCGACGAUCGACCAUGGCCUCGAAGCAUUCGGAAAUUUUAAACCCAUCCAGGAGAUCUUGUCAUUCUUGCGAUUAUCAACGCGAAAUUCAAAAUGAACAGCGUAAGGUCAACUCGAAGAUAAAAACGUUGGAUAGAAGAAUUGUGAAGAGUGAACGUAACGUUUCGAAUCAAAAGGAUGAUCUUAGCGAUUUUGGUGGUGAUGAUUAUUUUCAUAAAUCUCCCCCUCAAAAAUAUAAUUGCAGCCAUCGAAGAUCAAAAGGAGACACGAGAAUUCAAGAUCAAUCGAACGAGGAAUCGAUGGAAAAUAGAGAUUUGAAGCGGUUGAGAAACGAGGAAACACGGAUCAAGAGUAAAUGGGGGACCAUUGAUUUCAAACGUGGACACGUGGGUCAAAAAAUAUCGGCGUACGAGGAAAAUGCCAAACGCGGUAAUCGUAAUUGGACGUCUCUCGACACGUAUCAAAUAUUUCCCGAAAUAAAGAAACAUCGAGCGAUCGGUGUACCAUUAGUAGGCAUGCAUAACGCGUGCGGUUUGCCCGUAGUGGCUUCAUGGCACGAUCAUGAACUAUUGGAACCUAUGAGAGUCAAAGGAGGUAGGGUUUUAGGAACGUUAAGGCCGAUUGUCAAAGGAUCAUCGCGUGCUUCGAUUAAUUUCCGUCAUCGAACUCAUCCUAAAAGGAGAAUGGUCGAUACGAAUCAGAGCAUUUCUAAAAGGAGCCAAGUUUUAGAUUUAAGAGAGUCUGAUAAGAAGAUUGAUUAUCCAUCAAUAAAGUCGUUAGUUUCUUUGGAAGCGGAUGGGCUAAGAAAGAAAAGGAGACAUCGAUCUUCAUUUAAGGCGAAGAGAACUGGUACAUUUUCGAAAAAUACUAUGAAACGAAAGAGUAGAUCGGAUGAAAGAAAAGAUAAAGAGAAUUGUUUGAUGAGCAGUCUUUAUAAAAAAUCAUUCGAACCUGGAAAUACAAAAAGACAAACUUUGUAUGCGAGAGAUGAUGGAGAAGAUGCUGUGCAAGUUCUUAAGAGUUUAUGUUUAAAUCCUUUGGCACGAACGAAAUCUGAUACUGAUAUGAUAUGGUAAAAUUAACGAGACGUGAAAUUGGAAUAAACAUCUUGAUUGAACAGUCAAUGAUAUUUAUAUCAUUCAUUUUUCUCUAGAUAUCUUAUUUGCAUGUAUAAUUGUAAUUAAGUCUGAUUUAUCCCAUAUAUGUGUAAACUGCAA